GCCACGCCAUUCCAGGGCUUGGUUUUAGCAUGGGGGCCUAACCAGGACCCUUACUGGAUACCAGGUGGGAAGCGAACUUGCAGCUUCUGCUCCAAAGUGGUGCCGAAACCCAGGACGGGAGGCACGGCAGACCCAGGAGUGGGCCAUGAGAGGGAGGAGCUGGUGCAAAUGGUGGCCGAGCUGGCGGCGGUGUGGCGCCGCCGGUGGGAAGAGCUGCAGGACCAGACUGAACGCCACCUGCAGAGGAUGGAGUAUCUGGCGGCGCUGAUCCAGUCCUGCCCGACACCGCCGCCACUCCCACCGCCCAAUGGCGCUGGGGCGGAGGAGAUCCAGUCUGUGCAGGUGCCCGUGCCGGCCCCCAGGUGGCGACCAGCCAGCACGCAGCCUGCCACAGCGCCCGUUCCUACACCUCGCGUGGGAGCCGCUGGGGCUCGGCAGGGCCCGGUGUCCAUUCCUGCGCCCCGGAAGAAGGCCGAGGAGCCGGCAGCGGCGGAGGCGGCGUGCGAGGAGCCGCUCCAGCGCCGACGGUCCGGGCUGAUCCCCUCUCCCGCUCGCGGUGGGGGGAGUAGAGACAGAGAAUGUACUGUGGUCAAAAGCAAAACGCUGGGCAUCAACUCGACUCGUUACGUUUGGAGGAAGAGAAAGGCUGAGUACUGCUAGGGUUUCUCAACUACUGAAGUAAAAAAUGAAGACUGAAGAGUGCCCUCACAGCAUUCCUUCAUAGCUCCAUCCAAGCCUCCAACUUCAUCUGCACCACCAGUCUCUGCUCUCUGAGGCGGUCGUGCUCUAACCGCUGGAAAUAUGAAAUGACCGUUGCCCUCGAUCUGCAGCUCCAUGCAAGUUCUUGCCUCAUGGGGUGAGGAUGAUCAUAAGAAAGUUGGUGGAUCAACCCAACACUACACAAGAGGAGCAUUAACGAGGCAGUAUGUAUUCUUUAGUAUUUAGUAUCUAUUCUGCUGUGAUUGGCCAUGGGAGUCUAAUCCCAAAAUAGCUUAAUUGAAUUCUGUAUAUCAAUAAAUCAUGUUCAGUUUUUUCUAAUGAUCUCUCCUUAUAAAAAAGGGGUUUGACAGGAAAGGGUGAGCAGGUUGGUAAGCAGAAGGUUAGGGAACUAAGCAAAGGCAGGUAAAGGAGGGUUGGCAGACGUGAGUGGGAAAGCAGUUUCUGGGCAAGUCAGGGUGGAAGCAUUUUUCAGUUCAGUUUCAGUUUUCAGCCAGCAUAGGUUCAAUCUCUGAGGUUAGUUCAGGGAGCCCGCCAUCAGAAGACACUGGCACACCCCCAUUCUCAGGGCACCUGGACCUGGGGUAUAGAGUAUAUUUGGGGAGUGUGAUUGUGUGUACAGUGUCCAUUUGUAUCUGUCUCUGCGUUGGGUGAGUGCUGA